AUGGGUGGGUGUUUGUCUUGCAGAUCAUCGUCUUCCUUCGAUGGAAUAAGAGUGGUUCACCAGAAUGGUUUCGUGGAGGAGUUCGAUUAUCCGGUGACAGUGAGCGAGAUCACGGGAAAGCCACCAAAGCACUUCGUCUGCACCAUGGCUCAGCUCCACUCCUUUGGCUCAAAACCAGCACUGGCCCCCGACACUCAGCUUCAACCCGGCCAGCUCUACUUCGUAUUACCUUUCUCCGUGUUUCAGUCCGAUGCCUCUCCCGUCGACCUCGUCUCUCUGGCCACAAGGCUCACAGCGAUCGCCAAACGCGGCGUCUCCGCCUCCGAUGCUAGACACCCAGAAAACAGUCCUAUGUCGAGGCUUAACAUCUCCGCCGGUUUCAGAAGUAAUUCCGCGCCUGCAAGUGCUAACUCGUUCUGGGACCGAGUCACAAGCAGUGUGGCACAAGAGGCAGAUCUAGCGGCUUAUCGGUGUCAAACGUCAACUACGGCUCGGUCGUGGAAACCCAUCCUUGAGACCAUCAACGAGAAAUCAUUCCAUCGUUGUGAAUCGGAUUUACAGAGCAAGCGGUUCGAGGUAACGACUCAGUAG